AUCAAACUAAUAUCCUAGCAUCACGUAUAUCAACACGGGGACUUCAGCCACGUCUAGCUUUCCCUACGAAUGUAAACCAGAGCGAUGUGAAUCACCAUGAGUGUAGGUAUGGGGUAGGGUUGCUGAUUCUGCACAAUGUCGUCGACUUUGUCAGUGGUAGAAUGCAGGCCCCCAAUGACACCGCGAGAAGGGUCCUACCCGCAACUCAGGAACAAGAGCAAGAUAGCUAAGGGAUGUCACCUGUCAUCUGUCACACGACUGUCGGUCAAUAACUCCAACCACUCGUUCGACCCUAAUGUGUGUCCAGUUCAGGGAUCGUCUUUCCCUGGAGGGUUCCACACUCAGAAGUACACGGCACCGCAGAACUCGCCAAGGAACAGACCCAGCACCCCUAGGAGUACUUUCAAGGAGGAUCAGAGCAUCUCUGCGACACCCGACGGCCCUCCCAAGGAUGAUCGACCCCUCAGUGUCGUGGGAGGGAGAUUCAGUUCUCUCUCUGGAACGACGUCGCGUGCUAUAUCCAGAGUGUCGUCCAAUGUCCCCCCAGGUCGCACGGGGACAACCGCAUCAUUCUACAAGCCACCCAAGGAUCUGUCGGAGAUUGUGCUGGCGUAUGAUGAUAGUGGGGAGGGAGAACCGAACGGACCUCCCCCGACCCCAUCCGAGUGCUCCAUCAGCAGCUUCAAGGUUGACGGUCUGAGGAUAGGGUCGGUGUGCGAGACAAGGUGUACCCAGGUUCAGAGCAGUAGAGAUUUCAACCCUGGAUACGUGAAACGAGUCAGCUACUGCUGUGAUAAAUGCGCUGACCGAAUGACUUGCCACGAGUCGUUGGUGAUGGACUCGAGCUCGCCCUUCUACGCCUACCAGAGGUACACAACGGCGGACAACCUGGAGCGGUGUACGUCACACUACACUCCCAUCUCUGACGACAUUCACAAGUUCCUCGAGUCGUCGCUGUCCUGUUCGCUGGAUGAUGAACAAAAACGCCAAGUCUCCAGGUUGUGGGUCAAUAAAAGUCCCGAGGACCCGGUGAAGCCGUCAUCCUCUCCCACAGAGGAGGAACAUCUCGACAGCUGUAAUGCAGCGUACUCUUCCUCAUCAGAUGUGUUGGAUGAGAAAGGAGAACAGGAACUCACAGUUAGUGAUUUGGACAAUAAUAAGAAACCUCUGGUAGAGAAAAAGUAUAACGAUGGAGUAAGCCAUGUCAAUCUAUCGACUCCCGAACAGACAACAGUAGAUAAAGAGACUAAAGAACACAUGGAGAAAACGCCAGAUAGGAGCCAGACAGCAAUUAUAAACAAUGUGCAACCGUCUGUGAAAGCGAAAUGUGAAAAGGAAGAGCCUUCUUUCUGGUCCUUAGAUUGGAAACCUCCGACUCAAGUAGAACCAUACCAGGACGAAGAGCGGAUGGGAUCUCCUUGUAAAAGUAUGUCUUACAAUAGAGAUAGUUUGCGAGAGCAGGAUGUUAUUGCGCUGCCAUCAAUCAAUGUUAAAACAAAGCCCAAAAGUGUACUGUCUCGGACCACGGUCGCCGAGAGAGGGGGUUCAAAACUUACUCCCAAUGAGAUUAACAGUAACUCAAACACGUGUGAUGACACAACACCCAACCUGCAGGACGACAAAUCUCCAACAGUAUUCGACAGUGCCAAGGUCAAGCAGGUGUUACAAGAGUGUGCAGAUAUUAUAGAUGUUCCCAAGCGGCAGUUCUUACCCGAGCUGAACACCGUGCCGGACAGCAUCGAGUUGUGUUACACACCAAUUGUUGAUAAACGCUACAACAGAUGGAAGCGGAGAAGGCGUAAACGGAACAUAGGAGAUGAGUCAGGGUACAAAACUGUCUCACCCUGUGAAAGUUCCUCUGAAGAAAAUAGGGACAAUAAGACCAAUGAUCCGCCUCUGUCGAAUGUUAAACUUCGCAGGCGACGAAGACUGCCCGAGGAGGAUGACUUUGGGUACCACGGAUCCAAUAGCAAUCUACAUGAUCUUCACUACGAUGCAAGCUGCGAGUUUAUGUCGUCCGACAAAGAUUUUACCUCGUAUAACACGCAAACGGGUGUAACCACGAGUGGUAGCAAUUCCAAUGGUACUAUCGAGGAACACAAGGAGAGGAUACGGACUGCUUUAGAACAGAGAGCGAAAGAUACGCUACAACAAGAAGUGUUCCACGGCGGAUCCUACAGCGGGCGGGAGGAAGAACAUGGCCUCACCCCUGAUCUGGGCAAUUCCCCUCUUCAGACCACCCAGAUAACUAUAGCCAGAAAGUCAAACACGCCCCCGCUCCCAACAGCCAAGACUGAGGAAGAAGAAAACCUCACCAAAUCGACUCCCAAACUUCCAUUGUUCAAGGCUAAGAAAACAACCUACGCAAGAAAGGCCAUGCCAUUCCAGGAAGACCCGAGCAGAUUUGUUAAGCCAAUAGACCGAAGUCUGGUUUACCAUGCGUCUAGUGACAGCGGCGCCAUUGUCAAAUUAGACAAUUCUAAUCCAUCGGGUGACUCCCAUGGCCAAUCGCCCUCUGGACUUUUUAGAGUCAGAAUGGACAAGUCAUCCAAGGAGAGACUGCUCCUAUCUAGAAUGGCGAGACAUAAAGUCGUAGCCGGAAAUCUAAUCCCACGGAAACGGCCUGUAUCGGAGGUAAAGCUGCCUUCAAGCUCGGCCACCAACAGGAACAUAUCAAACCUGUCCCUGAAUCAUCUCCUUCAGACCAUCCCUAAACAAAGCACCAGCAAAAACAAGCUUGUCGAAGGCAACAACGCCGCAAAGAAACAGGACAAUAGUCACAAAAAGGAACCAGGCGUACUAGCCCCAGAAGUGGUGGGCUUACAGAAAAGAACCGAAGAUUCUACAGUAGAAACAGCGAAGAAAGAACUGAAGCGAUCCCGUAAAAAGAAGUUCACAUUUCCCAAGAAGCCGUUACUUGACAUGAUGAACAAGGCAUACUUUCGAGAAAUUGAACGCAAGUUGAAGAAUCGUGAAAUUAAUAGGCUCGGGAACGUUUCGUCACUAUCAUUUACACCAUCGUUUUCCUACUCAUUGUUUGAACUUCCGGAGAUAUAUAAGAAAUACAACAAGGAGAUUGAGAGUCGGGUGUCCAUGGCUUGGCCAGUGUCGGAGAAAUAAAAGUGACAUAACUAAAGAGGACCACGUUUUUUGAUGGGUGUAAACAGUGCGGUAUAAACGAAAUCUAACAAUGCCUGGAGUGUUUACAUCGAGAUUAUUAACGAUGCUGUUUUUUUAAUGAAAAUGUCAUGAUUUUUUGCACACGGCAAUGUUAUCAGUGCGUUAUCGUGCGCUCUUGGUAAAACAAUUAAAACCAUUUCUAAAAUAUGAA